GAAAGUUGAGAGAAUAAAUGAAUCUGAGAGAGAGGGGGGACAGAAAGUGUGUGUGAGAGAGAGAAAAAGAGAGACAUACACACACACACUCGCACAGUGAGAAAGAGAAAGCGAGUUAGAGAGGCAAUAUAUAUGUAUACACCUUCGCGCGCGUGUAUGUGCAAUUGUUCUGCCUUUAACAAGUAUAUAUAGACUAUUAUUUAUCAAACAGGCAGUCUUUGUUUUACUGUACAAACUCAUAUAUCAGAGUAUAUAACACUGAGGUUGACAGGUUGAGGGUGAAUUUUUAAACGAAACCUUACCGACAAAGACAAGUCAGAGAGAAGCGGUCAGUAAUUACCGACGGACAAAUGUACGGAGAAGGUCAAUACAUUCAGCUCUUUCUUCACUGCACAACAACAAGCAGCCAGUAAAGCACGUGAUUAAAUUCUUUUAUUUCUGUGGACCAGCUUUUCCAAGUCUGCAUCAACAUGGAGAGUGAAUUAACCAAGCGAGACCAUGUAGGGUUGCAGGACUUUGUCCUUCUGGAAAAUUUUACUGAUCCUGAUGCUUUUAAACUCAAUCUCAAGAAAAGAUUUAAAGAAAACCUUAUCUAUACUUAUAUUGGUCCUGUCCUAGUAUCAGUGAAUCCUUACUGUCAACUGGAUAUCUAUAACAAUGAUAUUAUGCAAAGUUACCGCAAUAUCAACUUUUAUGAACUUCCUCCACACAUCUUUGCUAUUGCUGAUGCUGCUUAUCGAUCGAUGCGAGGAGAAAAUCGGGACCAAUGUGUACUUAUCUCCGGGGAAUCUGGAGCUGGCAAAACAGAAGCAUCCAAAAAGUUGCUUCAAUACAUAGCAGCAUGCAAUGUUCAUUCCAGUGAAGUUGAAAGGGUCAAAGACAGGCUUUUAAAAUCCAACCCAGUUUUAGAGGCGUUUGGAAAUGCUAAAACUACGCGAAAUGAUAAUUCUAGCAGAUUUGGCAAAUUUAUGGAUAUACAAUUUGAUUAUAAGGGAGCUCCUGUGGGUGGACAUAUACUCAACUAUCUUCUGGAAAAAUCUCGAGUUAUUCACCAUGCACCUGGAGAACGUAAUUUUCAUGUGUUUUACCAACUUUUAUGCAGCAAAGAUCAGGAAUUACUUGAGAAACUGAAUUUAGAUGGUGAUCCCAAUAAGUACCACUAUUUAUGUCAGGGAAAAAGUAUUAAGAUUGCAUCUAUUGACGACAAGAAGAACUUUGAAGAAAUGCGUCAAGCUUUGAAAAUCUGUGAUUUCUCCUGUUCUGAAGAAGAAUCCUUGUUUGCUAUUGUUGCCGCUGUGAUCCACUUAGGAAAUAUAACUCAUAAAGAAGACCAGGGUGUGGCUAAACUAUCACUUAAUGGACAUGAAACUUAUAUUGCCAAAUUACUUGGAUGUCCUGAAGAGCAGCUAAUUGCAGCUUUGGAAAACCGAACUAUUGAUGUCCGACAGGAAAAGAUGCAGACUCCGUUAAAUUUGGAACAAGCAAUUUAUGCUCGAGAUGCUCUUGCUAAAGGAAUAUAUGACAGGCUUUUUACUUGGAUUGUCAAAAAGAUUAACACAUCUCUUGCAACAAAAUGUAAAGAAAAAUGUACUUUACUAGGACUAUUAGAUAUAUAUGGUUUCGAAAUAUUCCAAAUAAAUGGGUUUGAGCAAUUCUGCAUCAACUACUGUAAUGAGAAACUCCAACAGCUGUUUAUUGAGCUAACAUUGAAAUCAGAACAAGAAGAGUACCAACGUGAAGGGAUUGAGUGGGAACCAGUUCAAUUUUUUAACAAUAAAAUUAUCUGUGAUAUGGUUGAAGGGAGACCAAUUGGUGUGAUAGCUAUUAUGGAUGAAGAAUGUGUUCGCCCUGGGGACCCAACAGAUUUGACUUUCUUAGACAAGCUAUCUCAGACUCACAAGGACCAUGCACAUUUUAUAUCUCAUGUAUCAGCAGACACUGCAACAAGAAAAACAAUUGAACGGGAUCAAUUUCGUCUGAUCCAUUAUGCUGGAGAGGUUACAUAUGAUGUCAAAGGAUUUUUAGAUAAAAACAAUGACCUUCUCUACCGAGACUUAAAAGAAGUGAUGUGUACAGCAACAAAUCCAAUAAUUGCAUUAUGUUUUCAGAAGGAAGAACUUAUCAGCAAGAAAAGACCAGAAACUGCAGCAACACAAUUCAAGGUCAGCCUUAAUCAACUUAUGGACAAUCUGAUGUCAAAAGAACCUUCUUAUGUUCGUUGCAUUAAACCAAAUGAUUCUAAACGAUCUGACCUCUUUGAUGACCAAAUUGCUAGUCAUCAGGUGAAAUACCUUGGUCUGAUGGAAAAUCUACGUGUACGAAGAGCUGGCUUUGCUUACAGAAGACCAUACGAAGUUUUCUUAAAAAGGUAUAAAUCCUUAUGUCCUUCAACAUGGCCUUCAUUCAAUGGAUCACAUAAAGAUGGUGUCCAGUGUUUAGUCAAGUACCUAAAAUAUGGAGAAGAUGACUACCGACUUGGAAGAACAAAACUUUUCAUUCGUUUCCCUCGAGUACUGUUUGCCACCGAAGAUGCCUUUCAAAUGAAAAAAAAUUGCCUUGCUACACAAAUUCAAGCUAAGUUUAAGGGCUACAGGCAACAACAGAUCUACAAGAAAUUACGAUUCUCAGCUAUUGUAUUGCAAUGCUGGAUACGACAAAUCUUGGCCCGGAAAUUGUUGGAACGUCGAAAGAGAGCUACACAAAUCAUUCGCAAAUUCAUCAAAGGUUUCAUGUACCGCAAAAAACCAGUGUGUAAGGAAAAUCAAGAAUUUGUUCAAUAUACUAAAUAUAACUAUCUUCAGAGACUGAAAACAAAGCUGCCAAAAUCUGUUUUAGAUAAAUCCUGGCCUCCAUGUCCAGAAUUACUUCAAAAGACGUCUACACUGCUGUGUAAACUAUGUAUGAGAAAUAUGGUGUUGAAAUAUUGUCGUAGUAUUUCUAACGAAAGAAAAACUCAGAUGGAACAAAAAGUUCUUGCAGAACGGAUAUUUCGAGGUCAAAAGGAAUCCUAUCCAUUUAGCAUUAAAGAUCCUUUCGUCAACAAUCGUCUAGCAACACACCAUGAACAUCUCAGAACAUCUGUUUUUGAUGCCACUAUAAAAGCACAAAAUGAAGAAAUUGUGUAUGCAACUGCUGUUACCAAGUAUGAUCGUCAUGGUUACAAGCCUCGAAACCGUAUCCUCAUUGUUACAAACCAAGCUCUCUAUGUUUUGAAUGAAAAAGAUUUCAAAGUGAAGGAUAAAAUAACUUUCAUGCAACUCAAACGUGUAAUGACCAGCCCUUUGACAGAUGGUAUCUUUGUUGCUAUAGUAACAACUGAGGAAAAUGGAACCAAGUCUGGAGGUGAGGAUGAUGAUCCUGAUUACGAUAAGGGUGACUUAAUACUUCACAGUGACUAUUUGAUUGAAGCCCUUACCAAAAUUGCUGUAGCUACUAGCAAAUCUAACCUUGUGACAGUUGCCGAAGGAAAUAGUAUCACGCAUGAUGUAUCAAGUGGUAAACAAGGAAACAUUCAGUUCUCCAAAGGGGCCGUAUAUUCUGUGAAGAAAAACAAAGCAGGAGGCCUUGUUGUUGUUGCUCCACCAUUACAGUGAUCUGAAAAGUAAGUUCCUACCCUUCAGGCUGUUCAGGUGCUAUGACAAUGCAGUUUCAACAUUGAGGAUUUUCAAAUGACUAGAGCACUGCAUUCAAAGAUCUUUCUGCCUCUACUGCUCCCUGUGAUAUAGAAAUUGCUGUCAAACUACUUAAAAACUGCAGCUUCUCUCAACAACUUCAGCUUCAAUAAAUAAUAUAUCUACUUUCAUUUUCAUUUUUUUCUUCUCCUUUUCUUGAAAAUCUUUCCUAUCUCUCUCUUCUUUCUUUUGCGCUCCCUUAAUAUAAAAUAGGCCACUUGUGAGUUUGUAUGUUUUACCAGAAUGAUCAAAUAAAGAAACUGUAGUUAAAUCAGACACACAGGCCUGUGCAAAGUUGUAUAAGCUUUUGAUACAAUCUAAUGAUUAAAAAGAAAUGGUGCUAGCCAGUGUUACUAGCAAGUGCCUUUUAAUGUUG